AUGACAACAUCACGCAAUUUCUCCGUGAUAACCAGGAGGACGAUUCGCAAUGGUUCGUACAAUUAUGGAAGCAAUAGCCGAUUCUGGGUGAUCCCAUCUGUAGUGGUUGAUUCGUGGUUCGCGGCUCUCGAUAGCGGUAUGCUACGCUACACCUAUGGCAACACAUACAACAACUUCUGCUGGAAGCGCAAGGAAAUCCCAGAGAAUGAGAUUUUACCCUCAUUGUUUCGUGCGAGUCAGCUGUUCAUCGGUGUACAG